AUGUAUUAUGAAUAUGCCAAGCAAUUAAGUGAUGUCAUUGUACAUGCAGCCGCGUGUCAAAAGAAAACUAAAUCUGUUGACAUUAGCAAUCAUAAAAAGUUAUAUUGGAUGACAUUGUCACAAUGGAGUACUUCAAUGGUUGGUGAAAGUGAAAGUCUGAGUAGGAAGAUAUUUCAUAAUAUUUUCUUUCGCUUAUUUUCAGGAAGACAAUUCAGGGGAGCAAAACCAGGUCCCAAACGAGGUAAAAUGAAGAACCGGGGAAUGUUACGUGGUACUACAGUAUAUAGACCAGGACAAAUGUACGAGUGUGACCAGUGUGAAUAUAAAACCCAGGUCAAAUACAGAAUGCAGCGCCACCAACGAAUACAUAACGGGGAUUUCAUCUAUUGUAACCAUUGUCCAUCUCGCUUUACAGAACCGUGUCGGCUUCUAGCUCACGUGCGAUUACGGCAUGGUGGUCAAGUGGUCAAGUGUGAACUGUGCGGAGCGGUGUUCCCUUCGGACGAUGCUUUGAACGACCACAAUAUGCUACAGCACGCACGAGUACUCACAUUCUGUAGCCCGCGCAAACCUAAGCCACCCUAA